CGAACCCCGUCCACACGACUUGCCCGCGUAUUUUUUCGUCGCUCGCGUCCGUACUGCAGGAAGACACAGCGAUCAGGAAAACAACCGAACGAUCCGAAACCCUUACCACACUAGCUCCACCCAUAUCGCCGAGUCAUGGGUCAAACAUUAUCACAACCAGCGACUGAGAAGAAGACCGAAAGUGGAGGCGAUGCGCGGUUUCUAUACGCCGUUUCGGAGAUGCAAGGAUGGAGAAUAAGUAUGGAGGAUGCGCAUACUGUGGCGUUGCAACUGGAAGAAGAGGGCACGGACAAGCACAACAGCUUCUUUGCCGUAUAUGAUGGCCAUGGCGGCGCGGCCGCUGCGAAGUUUGCGGGUGAGCGUGUACAUCAGCUCCUUCAGCAAGAAGAGUCGUACCGGUCAGAGCAGUGGGAGCAGGCAAUGAAACAGGCGUUCUUGCACACGGAUGAGGAGAUGAUUAAAGAUCCAUCGCAUCUCCGGGAUCCGUCGGGUUGCACCGCUGUCGCUGCACUCAUCACACAUGAUAACAAACUCCUUGUGGCGAAUGCCGGCGACUCCCGAUCGGUUUUGAGCGUUAAAGGAGAGGUCAAAGCUAUGAGUUACGACCACAAGCCACAGAACGAGAGCGAGAAGUCCCGGAUAGUGGCGGCCGGAGGUUACGUCGAAUACGGUCGCGUCAACGGAAACCUUGCACUCUCUCGUGCGCUUGGUGACUUCGAAUAUAAGAAGAACCUUUCCCUUAGCGCUGAAAACCAGAUCAUCACAUGCGAUCCGGAUAUUAUGACGCAUGACAUCACCGACGACGACGAGUUCCUCGUGCUGGCGUGCGACGGUAUCUGGGACUGCCUUUCUUCCCAGCAAGUCGUCAACAUCGUAAGACGAUGGGUGGCGGAAGGCAAGGAACUCGGUGAAAUUUGCGAGCAGAUUUGCGAGCACUGUUUGGCCCCGGACACCACCUCGGGUGCUGGGAUCGGCUGCGACAACAUGACGAUCCUCAUAGUCGCAUUGCUCCACGGCAAGACGAAGGAGGAGUGGUAUGCGUGGAUCAAGGAUCGCGUCGAGAACAAGUACGGCUACGAUACCCCCGAAGAGAUUCCGCAGCUCUUCGCCCAAAGCCGAUUGAUGGCGUUCCGGGCGCGGAGGCAAGCCUUGGCAGAGCGCAACCAGGAUCAGGAUGGACGACAGAAUGGUCCCGCAGGAAACCUCGGCGGCUUGCUCAGUGCGGGUGGGCUCGGUGGGUUCGCGCGUGUCCUCGGAAGCACCGGUGGCAUCACCUUCCACCCUGGGUCUGGUAUCGUGUCCGACUCAGGGCUCAUGUUCGAGAAGUAUGACGACAGUGAUGAAGAUGACACGGACGAGGACAUGGACGUUGAUGGUGCGAACGGCAGCAGGUCGUUCUUCAGCGAGACCUUCGGCACCGGUGCGCCUGAUGGGACGAAGAGCUUGAGGGAGCAACUCGCGGAUCUUGAGAAGGACUCGGAUUCGGACAUGAACGAGGAGGAAGCAGAGGAAGCCGGUGUCGGCACAUUCUCGAGGUCCGGACAACCGCAGGAUACCCCUAACCCAGAUGCGACGACGCCCAUCCCGAUUGGCAACGUUGACCACGUCCUGCAAGGCGAAGCCCCGCCGCCGCCCAAAUCGCUGCCGAAUGGCGACGCAAAGCAGCUUGAGUCCGAGCCUGGCGGAGACGAACCCCAUCCCGCGGUAAAGGCCGAAGGCCUUCUGGACAAGAGCGAGGAUCCCAUCAAGGCCUCCACGUAAUUCAUCUUGCUUUUCGAUUCCUUUGUCACAUAAUCUCGUCUGCUGCUCCCUUUGGCUUCGUUUUUCCUCCUAGCCCGCCGUUCAAACUCUGCGUAUUGUACAUAUGUAUCACGACAGAUGUAGCAUCAUAGGCAUAGGAUUCCGCUUCUCAGUGUCCCUGGCAUCGUGUAGCAUUUAUCUGUGGUUAUCCAAGGUUUGUGAUUACAGUACAUAUCGCUCUUGUUCUUCUGUCAAGCUAGUCAUAACAGCCCCCGCAAAACGAACAGUCCCUCCUCACAAAGACAGAGGAUGAUGAGUUGCCCAUCGUUUUUUAACCCCCCAACACCCAGCAACGAGCCGGCAGCACCACCACCUACGCGCAGGAUCGACUGCUGGCCAGAGGUGUCCUUGGGCUUGGUGCUGCGAUACAGAUAGAGGUUUCCACCAUAGCCCGCGCCGCUGCCGCUUUCAAAUGCCAGGACAGCUUUUGAAGGAACAUGAUACGUAAAGCGGACGUCGCGCUUCGAUGCUAACACGAAGGCGAGCGCCGAGAACGUUGACGUAUGGGACCAUGCAGCUGGGCCAUCCGGGCUGGAAGCGGGUGAUAGAGUGAAGACGACACCGUCCACGCCGUUUUUGCCGAUGAGUGAAGGCUCGGAUAUGCCGGGAAUGGGCGUAGAGAGCAGCUGCAGCGUGCCGUCCCCGUUUUUCGUUGACAUGGGCAGGGUAUCUCCAGAGUCGGAGACCCAUGUCACGCACGCAGCGCUGCCUACGGACACAUCCACUUCAUCGUCCAUUUCUCCCUUCGCGAAGCUGGGCACGCCUGUUCCCAGCCCUAAGCCACUCGCGUCUUCGCCGGUUCGGGCGGCGAUCGUGAAUUUCUCCAUGCUCUCCAGGAUGUUGGCGAGCUCAGAUGGGUCCAGCGUUUCGGGUACCUCCACGUCAUAUGGGUCCUCGGAUGCGCUGCCAGUGCUGGUGAAUACCUGUGGCCACCGCGUGCCCUCAUGCUGCUUAUCGAGAUGAACGGUGAGUAGUCCGAGUGCCUUUUCUGCCUCGCGGUCCCACGUCCAGACGCUGGAGGUCGGCUGUAUGCCGUCCCAUAGCGUCUUGGAGAAGCGAGGGAGUGGCGCCGACAGCGUAGUCUCGCCGGAGACGAAAACGGUCAGUGACUUGGGUGAGAAUGCGACUUUGAUAUCGGACUUGGGGGUUGACCUUGGGAGGGCAAACGCAACGCUGACCGUGUCACCGGUCUGCGUCCACGAGUAGGGAGGGGGUGGUGGCGGUUCUUUGUUUUCUACAGCGGCCUCCAAGUUUUCAUCUUUCCGAGGCACGGGUGCCAGCUCGUCUGCGGACGGCUCGUACGCGCUCGAUGGUGCGGAUGCAGGACGAUAGAUGGAGCUGCCCACCAGCAGCCAAGCGUGUCUUGCGGAGUCAUGAUACGUGUAGAGCGGGACAUCCUCGCCUUUCCGGUGCCAGAUGACAUCCAUUGCCUGCACCCUGUCCUGAGGCAAUAACACAGGCACGCUAAAACGAAUGCACCGGAUGUCGUACUCGACUUUCGUGAUCGCGGGUCGUGUAGGACGUUCGGCGUCCACGGGGCGGUCGAUAUGGGUGCAUGAAGAUAAGAUGAGCGUUGCUUCGGAUGGCGACACGAGGGCGCCUUGAUGGAUCCUGAAUGGAACGGUGUUGUCUGGCAGCUCCAGCGUCCCAAGUAGUGUUGCUCCGCCCUGAGCUGGUAUUUGCACGACGUAGAGAUAACCAUAUCCAUCUGCGACAGCACAGACAGAGUCGGUCAGGAACGCAGCCGACGGAUAUUCCCUUUGAAUAUCAUGCUGCGAGUCGGUCUGUAUAGGGCUCGGUAGUUCGUAUGCGAUCCUGAACAACGGUUGAAGGGUAUCCUACUUCUCCAGCUCCACUACGAUCAGCCUCAGAGACUCAUCGAUAUAUAGCGCGCGCCCGGACUCAUGGACCACAAGAUGAUUGUGUCGGAUCCGGCUUUGAACUUCCUGGAACGACAACGAUGAUCGACCAGACAGAGCAGCUUGCGUCGCUUUAUAUUCGAGAGCGUACUGGGUCGCUACGGUCUCUUGAUCUAACGCAGCAAACUUGUAGCCCUCGAAGCUGGGAUUCAGGAGACCCCGUUUUGUCGAGAAUUCCGCCAUGUUGAAAGCCUGGCCAGG